GGCAGCUGGGGGGGAGAGGUGUGAGGGGUUUCUGCGGAAUGGGACAACCCCAGCGGCCAUGGCUGUUUCCUUCGCUGUUCAGAGUAACAGAAAUGCCAGAAAGAAGGAAUGUUCAAUGGAAUGAGGAAAAAGAAGAAAGCCGAAACGCUAACGUGUUCUGUCGUUCUCUCCCUUUCGCGUGAUUCAAUUGGAACAGUCCAAGGGAACGCGGCAGAGAGAGAUGGAAGAAUCCAAAAGAGCGCAAAGGGAGGGGGAGACGCUUGGAUUCUCGCAUGGAGAGAACGGGGGGGGGGGGCGAAUGGUAACCGGAGAGCGCAUGCGCCCUGCUCGCAGGCCCGCUCCAUCUGAAGGCUGGCGGAGGAGAGGACAAAAGGCGGCCCCUCCCUCUCCCCCCGCUUAUAACGCGCCCCCCCUUUUCCUGAACCAGGAUUUAUGGUGGUUUGCAAAGAACCUCCUCUUUGAUUGCUGUAUUUGGAGGGUCACUGGGGGCAGUGGCCAAGGGAGCUGCCAUGGCUGGGGGGCAGGGUGCUCUGCUCCCCCCAGAAGAAAAUAGUUUGGAGGGUGAACCAGCUUUGCCUGCAGAACUGUUAACCCCGGUGGUGCCAGACGAGCCCCUGGAGGAAUCACCAGCUCCUCGGCCCCUGGGCCAACACAGAAGUGCCGGCGUCGAUGGUGUCAGCAGUGGGAUCUCUGCCUCCUCACCGCUGCCUACAUCGAAGAUGGCUUUCCGCCGUGCCUACUCCAUCAAGGACAAGCUGCAGGCCAUCGAACGGGUCAAGAAGGGCGAGCGGCAGGCCUCCGUGUGCCGCGACUUCGGGGUGCCCGGCGGCACCCUGCGCGGCUGGCUGAAGGACGAACGGAAGCUGCGCUGGUUCUUGGCCCAGCUGGGCGGGGAGGUGGGCACCCACCGCAAGAAGAUGCGCCUGGCCAACGAGGAGGAGAUCGACCGGGCCGUCUACGCCUGGUUCCUCACCCUCCGCCAGCACGGCGUGCCGCUCUCGGGCCCCGUCAUCCAGGCACAAGCCGAAGCCUUGGCCCAGCAGAUCUACGGCCCCGAGUGCACUUUCAAAGCCAGCCACGGUUGGUUUUGGCGAUGGCAGAAGAGACACGGCAUCUGCAGCCAGCGCAUUUACGGCGAGGCGGGGAGCGGCGUUGGCGGGGUGGAUGAUAGCCCUGUCCUCAAAGCCAGAGCGCCGUCUGGUUUAUCCGCCUUCCCUGACCCUCUCCUAUCGCUUCCACCUACACCGCACACCACCCCCUCUGAUGGGGGAGGCUACACCGAUGAGCAGAUCUACAACACCAGCGUUACCGGGCUGUACUGGAAUCUGCUGCCCGACUGUGUCCAAACACUUGGCCCUCCUGGUAGCCCACAACCUCCAACACGUUCUCAGCCACGGGGCAAGGAUCGUGUCACUGUGCUGCUAUCUGCCAACCUGACCGGCUCGCACAAGCUGAAGCCACUGGUGGUUGGAGGCUGGCGGCGGGACGCUCCGUGGCCUCGUUGCCACAACCGGGACAAACUCCCCGCUUGCUACCGCUACGGUGCCAAGGCCCGCCUUAGCCCUUCCCUCCUCCGUCUCUGGUUCUUCGAAGACUUUGCCCCGGCUGUGAAGAGUUUCUUGCACCGCAGCUGCCUCCAACAGAGAGCUGUGCUGUUGCUCAGCUGCCCGCUGACAUCUUUUUGGGGCGACCCCGAGGAUCUUCCCCAACUGCAGACCCCAGAUGGAGCCAUCCGAGCCCUCUUCCUUUCCAAGGCUGGAGGGAGCCACCUCUCUGCCCCGCUGGGGCAAGGCGUGGUGUCCACCUUUAAGGAGGUGUACAAACGGGAACUACUGCGGAUGGCUGCGUCGUGCGCGGCGGGAGGAGGGAAUUCAGAGCCCGAUCAGCUUCUGGACUUCAGGCGCGCCUUUCUUCUCAAGGACAUGCUGUGCCUGGUUGCUUUCUCUUGGGACCUCAUCCCUGCGGGCACCAUUGAGAGGUGCUGGCUCCUUGGCUUACGGGCUGCCUUUGAGCCCCGCCCUGGAGAGGAAGAGGUGCAAAGAGAGGCCCUGGGCAGCCCAAAUGACUCAGUCUUGGGCAUCCUAACUUAUCUGGCUGCUCUUCUGGGCAGGCGCGUGGCUCCAGAGGAGGUGGCAGGCUGGCUCCGUGCAGAUGACAUGUGCACAGCUCUAGGGGGAGGGGAGGAGGAGGAGGGGUCUCUGGGUUGUGAGGGUCAGGAGGAGGUGACAGGGGAAGGGGAUCCGGAGGCUGAGGACGGAGACGAGCGUCCGGUGCCGACGUCUCAGGAGGCUAUCCAAGGGCUGCAGACUGCCUUGCGUUGGCUGGAGGGCCAGGACUGCCGGCAAGCGGGGCCCCACAAGCUGGUGCAGCUUCGUUCCUUCGUCAGCAUGGCUCAGCGCCUGCGCCAGCCACCUGUCCCAAGUCUCAGCAAGGGCCAAAGCAGGUGAGCUGGCCCUUCUGUCGCACCUGCGUGCCAAACCGUGGAAGAACAUUGCCCCUCUGUGCAGCAGUCAAGGGCUGUGCCCAGAACCUGUAACUCAGGGAUGUCAAACAGCUGGCAGGGGCUGAUGGGAAUUGUAGUCUGCGAACAUCUGGAGGGUCACCAUUUGACACACCUCCCAUGACUGCUGGCAGGAGCUUCUCUGCUUGCACCCAGUGACAAGAGCACCGUUGGUUAGGUACAGAGGUGGGAUCUAGCAGGUUCUCACAGGUUCCCGAGAGUAGGUUACUAAUUAUUUGUGUGUGUUGAG